UUUUGCGAGACGGCCCACGAAGCCCAAAAUCCAACUCCAAAGCCGUACAAGAGCCCAAAACAAACACAAUCUAACACAUAAGCCCAUAUCAAUUCGACCCAGAAGCCCAAUUUCAAGAUGAUCAAUUAUCGUCGGCGACCGCAAAAACCCUUUUUAUCAUUCACCAUUUCGCACAUUCCAACACAAGAACAAGAACAAAGAAGCGAGCGAUCAUGGAGGACGAUUCAAAGCCGAAUCCAUCUGCUGAGUCGCAGAAUCGGGACUGGUUUUCUCUGCCAAACGAAAUUACACAUUCAAUCUUCCAAAGGGUGAGUGCACAGUAUGUUUGCGUUGCGUGGCGCAACAUCUCCAAGGGCCCAUCCAUGACCAUGUGUAUCGAGCUUCCUCGCCGUCGAUCGAUCGCAGCUGUGGUAACCUCGUCAACAUCAAGAUCAAGACGAACUACUCAAGCACAUAGCCAACAGAUAUCAUAUAUAUAUAUAUAGAUGGAUAUGUCUAUGGCAACAAGUGUAGGAGUUGCUAGCACGCCAGUAAACGAGCCUCUCGGAAUGGAAAACUACGAAAAUUGGAGGGCUUGCAUGAAAAGCUAUUUGUUGGCUCAAGAUCUUUGGGACGUGGUGGUUUUGCCUAGUGAAUUACCUGAGGAGUUAGUUGAGAAGGUUCCAUGGUGGAAAAGAGAAAUGCUGCUGCAUUACAUGCAAUUCAGACAUCCUGUAGUCCAAGCAUGCUUGGGCAUAUUAACGACUAUGAUUCAGCUAAAGCUGCGUGGGAUACCCUGGACAAGCUGCUUCAGCCACAACUCCAAAAGCGUCGACCUAGUAACACUAUGUCGUCUCCCCAUCACUCAUAAGAAACUGCGUCCUACCAUAAGGACCAAGAAUUUCGUAUGAAAUUAUGGAAGGCCAUAGAAAAAGGUGACUUGAAUACUGUGAAGGACCGCAUUAGCCAUAAUCCAGGUACAAAAAAUAUGAGAAACCCAAAUAGUGGCAUGACGACUCUUCAUUAUGCAAUUUAUGCUGGGCGUGCGGAGAUUGCUGAGGAGUUGAUGAAGGACAUGUCAGCAGAAGACUUAGAACGACAAGAUUGUUCCGGUGCCACCUUCCUACAUAUUGUUGCUCUUACUGGUGCUACUGAGAUUGCUGAAAGUUUGGUGAAACGACAUGACGGCCUGCUUGGCUUUGCUAACAGUCAAGGACAUAUUCCAGUUGUGACAGCAUGUGUUAGUGACCAAACAGCUACUGCCAUUUUCCUUUACGAUGUCACUUCAGCUAGCUUUUCUUUCCCUGAAAUCAUUUUGCAUGGAACUAAUCUCCUUCACUAUGCUAUUUUAAGCAAAAAUUUUGGUAUUGCUCUGGAUCUAGUCCAGAGUUUCCCAACUUUGGCUAUAGCUCCGAGCAGUCCAUUGCCAAGUACUGUGGUCAAUUUAUCUUAUAUGCCUUCUGCAUUCAACAGCAGUAGUCAGCUUUCUUUCUGCCAAAGGUUGAUUUACAAAGUUAUGCCCGUACCAGAUAUUAAAAGUGAUAUUCCUGGUGGAUUCAUUUCUCUAAAUAGCUAUGGGCUGAAACAAAUGACUCGAUUGGUUUUAUGUUUCUUCAAAUUCAAAGCAAUCAGGCAAAUAUAUGAUAUGAAGUUAAUCCAUGCCCAGGCUGUUGCACUUCUACGCCGCAUAUGUCGACAACUAUCUUCGUUAGAUAGCGAAGAACUUGAAGAGAGGGGUAUUCAUAUUGCAAUAAGUGAAGCUAUAAGGCAGGGGAUAAGAGAAAUAAUUGUUGAGAUGACUAAGGCUUAUCCUGAGCUAAUAAUGAGCCAGUACACCUAUUCAACAUACAUAUUUAGGUAUGCAAUUAAAUAUCGCCAAGAAAACAUUUUUAACUUGACCGAUAAGCUUGAUGCACGGAAAAGUUCAACAUUCGCUGAUGUGGAUAGCUUAGGCAAUAAUGUGCUACAUUUGGCGGCGCAGUUAGCACCUUUCCCUCGGCUUUCGCGCAUCUCGGGUGCAGCUCUCCAGAUGCAAAGAGAAUUGCAGUGGUAUAAGGAGGUGGAGACCCUUUCAAGUCCCAUUCUUAAAGAAAUGAGAAAUUGCGACGGAGAGAAACCACACCAAGUGUUCACGAGGAGCCAUAAAGAAUUGUUGAUGGAAGGAGAGAAAUGGAUGAAGAAAACUGCUACCUCUUUUACAAUUGCAAGCGCUCUUAUUGUCACGAUUAUGUUUGCUGCAGCAUUUACUGUUCCAGGUGGUAACAAGCAGGAAAGUGGCCUCCCAAACUUCUUACAUGAGAAAUCUUUUAGGAUUUUCGUAAUCUCUGACGCUGUUGCUCUGUAUGCCGAAGAAGAUUUCUUAACUUCCUUGCCAACAAAGUUGAUCGUUGCCCUUUCCACGCUUUUCCUCUCAAUUGUAGCAAUGAUGGUAUCCUUUUGUGCAGCUUUGAUGAUUAUCAUGGAUGGACAGCUGCUGCUAGUAAUUCCAAUCUUUUUGCUUGCUGGUAUUCCAGUGACCCUUUUUAUAUUAUUACAGUUUCCUCUCCUAUGUGAGAUUUUGGUUGCCACAUCCAUAUCAAUCUUCCGCUAGAAAAUAAGAACUGUUGGUUUGAGAACUCAUGUUGCAAUAUAAUAUCUGUGUGUGUGUGUGUGUGUGUGAUUAUGCUUCAUAAUCGUGUUGUAAAAGGAUGUUUUUAGUAAGGGUGUUUAUUGGCGUGGAAUGUCUAGUAUUUGUUUUAAGUGAUUAUGCUUCUUGUAUCAGUUUGAGAUUGUGAGUAAAUCCUUCAGUACUUUCAUUACCUA